UUAGAGAACAUUUGUUUAAAAGCGCUAUUCAUUUGUUUGAACGCACUUGGCAGGGAGUAGUAGGGAUUAUGUUAUCAUAGUCCUCCUCGCCUAACAAUACGUCUCAGUUUUCAUGGAGACUUCAUACGUGAAAUAUGACUUCAUCUAAGCAGCGCUGCUUCGUCCUUUCUUGUAUCUUAUUGGUACUAGCAUCGAUUCAGUCAGUAACCAACGGGAAUCUGUUUACUUCUAUCGUGGAUCAAGUUGCUUCUACCGCUGAAAGCAAGUAUUUGACAAACAAAGUAAGUGAGGGUGUUUCAUUUUCGAAUGGCUACUGGACUGAAAAGCUAAAGGAAAGUAUUUUCAAGACAAUAUCAGCAGAGCCAUUGUUCAACGAAGAAAUUUAUAAAGCAAUUCUCACUGCUCCAUUUUAUGGGAAACCUAGUUAUUCAAUGGAUUCUGAUGGAGAUAUUUUGAAACUCUCAUCUGGUGAUUUGAGGAUAAAUGAAAAUGGUUCCUGGUUUUUCUGUCAAGAGAAUUGUACGGAGUGUCCCGCCUGUCGAGAAGAUUCUACAAGAAGAGCAAAAUGGAGUGUGAGAAGAAUACGAGAACAUAAUACUGAUAAGAAGGAAGGACCGUUUCGUUACAAUUUACAAUUUAAUAUUAUUCCAUUCAAAGAUGCUCAACUAUUAAAUACAAAAAAUAGAAGGUAUACAGGACACGUGUACACCAUAAAAGAUCCUCAACCACCAAUGAGAGAUCCUAUUAUUCAAAAGGAUUAUAUUUUAAACAUUGAAGAUUAUGAUGCCCAGGAAUCUGCAGAAAAUUAUGGAUAUGGUCUACCUCAUGAUCGGCAUGAGUCUGGAAGACCAACAAGAACAGAGGAUUCCUUCAAUACUUUUGAUCAUUCUAGGAUUCAUCAUCAUCAUUCUGUUCGAGAAAAACCUCAUGCGAAUACGGAAACGAAUCCUACAAAUUUUCCUGAUUAUUAUAACUUGAUAUAUAACGAAGUAUUACAGGCUGUUCGGUCUGACAAUGAAUUGUGGAAAUCUAUACUUGGUAAAAAUUCAAGCAAAAGUUAUCAUCGUGAUCUUUCCAGAGAUAUAAAUGGCUCUAUGGAUUGGAAACAGAAUGAUUCUGCCUGGUAUUCGAAGAACCAAGUGCGCCUACCUGAACAAACUGCUAUUGUCGAAACAGAGAAAAAUUCUCAGACCACUGUUUCGCAUAUAAUAGAUCCCAGCUCAACAAAUUAUGAAAAAUUAAAUAAUGGCAACACUGUAGAAGAAAGACAAUCUAACAUGAUGUAUACACCGAACACACAAGCAACUGUUACUUUGACAAAUAUUGGUGUAAACCAAAAACAGGAGCAAAAUGAUUCAGGAAAUCAAUAUUUAUUACCUAAUAUAUUUCCACAGGACAAGACUAAACAAGACACAAUGAAUACAACAAACAUAUCUGUUCAUGAAAUGGAAUCAUUUCUAGAUAAGGAAAAUACAAAGAAAUUUGAUAACGGGAUUAAAAUGAACGGACAGUCCAGUCUGCUCGAGCCAUUGAAAGAAACAAAAUUUGAGACAGUUAAUGAAUUGAAACUUUAUAAGGAUUUGCUAAGACAACUGGCACUUUCUGUGAUAACAAACUCAAGAAAUUUGGAAGAAAAUCCUCAAACCAAAUUGGAUAAAAUGAAUGAAUACGAAGAUAAAAAUGAAGAGUCUUCAAUAAAAAUUGCAAGUGUAAGACAUUGAAAGAUAUAGAACCUGUAUUAACUGCUUAAUGGUAUAAAAUCUUG